AUGGACAAAGCAACCUUGGAAGCUAUUUUAAAAUCACAAAAUGAUUGGAUGGCACAGAUUUUGGAGGCUCAGAAAUCAUGGAUGGAGACAAACACGCGGGGCACAGUUGUGGGCAGUUCAGGUAUGUCAGUUGUUCAGCCUUUUCCGGCUUACAAAAAAGAUGAAAACUGGAAAACCUACUUGAAGCAGUUGGAGCAACAUUUCGAGGCGUGUGGAGUUUCAGAGGAUAAACAAAAGCGCGCAUUUUUCCUUUCUUGGAUUGGAAGUGAUAACUUUGAAACUCUUCAGAAGCUCUAUGGGGGAGAAGACUUAUCUACAAAGUCGUUCAAAGAGCUAACGGAGAAGCUUAGUGAGCAUCUCGUGUCCAAAAUUCAUGUUCUAGCUGCCAGAUAUCAAUUUCACAAAACUUCGAUGAAGCCAGGGCAAACGUAUGCCGAUUGGGUUGCUGAUCUUCGAGGUGUGGCACGCAACUGUAAGUUUUCUUGUCCAAAAGAAACGUGUUCAGAAUCGUACGUAGAUAACAUGAUUCGUGACAUCAUUGUUCUCUAUACUCCGCAUGACACUGUUCGAACGCAAGCUUUACAAAAGAUUGACCCAGAGUUAAAAGAUGUGUUGGAUAUAGCCACUGCAUACGAGACAACACAAAAAACAUUUUCGGCGAUCAAAGAGAACAAUAAUGAGAUGGAGGUAAAUGCAUUAUCGACCUCAAAGGGAUGUUCUCAGUCGCGCACACAAUCCGAUUCAGCGAGAAAAUCUUGUCCCAGCUGUUUUGUGAAUCACCAGAGAAGCGAUUGUCGUCACAAUAAAACUGUUUGCCAUAAAUGCAAAAAAAUUGGGCAUAUAGCAGCUGUUUGUUUGAUGAGUGUGAACGAUGGGAAUGCUAGUACGGUAAAUUCAAAACGAAACAAAAAGCACAAGUCAAACAGAAGAGACAAAAUAAAAUCAAGCGGUAAAUAUACAGCUAAUUCAAUUGAACAAAUUCAUUUUAGUGAAGUCGUUGCGUCACAUGAAUGUGCGAUGGUGAAAGCUGAAUCAAGGCCGUGGAUUAUGGUGGAUGUCGUUGUCAAUGGGUGCCCGAUGAGAUUCCAGGUUGACACGGGGGCAUCUUGUUCGCUAGUUGGAUUAGAAGGAUUCCAGAAAUUGGGGCAACCAAAGCGCUGUGCUACAACCAAGUCUCUCCAAGCAUACGGUGGAACACCACUAAGGUUAAAAGGAGAACUGGCUGUGCAGGUGACAUACGAAAAUUCCACACAUAAUAUGAAUUUGCUCGUAGUUGAUGGCUCUGGUGCGAACAUAUUGGGACUAGAUUGGUUUAAAGCUUUCAGCUUAAAGGUUCAACACUCUAUUUUACAAAUUAAAUCUAAUGAUUUUCUUCUCAACAGCAUUGAGACGUUAUGCAAGAAGUACGGCAGACUUUUUUCAUCGGGGCUAGGCAAGUGCACAUCCUUUCAAGCUCACUUGGAAUUGAAGGACGGUGCAGUGCCAAAGUUUGUACGUCAUCGUCAAAUUCCCUAUGCUCUCUUAGAUGGAACGAAAAAAGAACUAGAUCGCUUGGUGGCCGAGGGAAUUUUGUCCUGGGUUCAGCGCACUCAAUGGGCCGCACCGGUGGUGAUCGUCGAAAAGGCUAAUGGUGGGAUACGGAUUUGUGGCGAUUUUAAAACAACGGUGAAUCCACAAAUCGUAUGCAAUCGUCAUCCACUUCCUCGACCACGAGAUUUAUUUCACAUGGCAUACGUCCCUCUAAUAAGUAGAGGUGAACACCAAGACUUCGUAAUUCAGAAUAAAGUUUUAAUGUCAAAAUAG